AUGCUCCUGCUGCUGGUGCUGCUGCUGCUGGUGGUGGUGGUGGUGGUGGUGGUGGUGGUGGUGGUGGUGGUGAUGCUGCUGCUGGUGCUGCUGCUGCUGCUGCUGCUGCUGCUGCUGCUGCUGCUGCUGGUGCUGCUGCUGGUGCUGCUGCUGAUGCUGCUGGUGCUGCUGGUGCUGCUGGUGCUGCUGGUGCUGCUGGCCAGCUCCCUCGCCGCCCUCAAGGCGCCGCUCAAACUUGAAGGGUAG